ACAUCCGAAGUGGUUCGCAAACAGCUCGGCAUGCACAUAUUCGAACCCAGCAACGAAUAUCGUAUGACCUCUUGGCUAGCGCAGCAGGAAGAUCGCAAUACCAUCACUCUAUAUCAGUGUGACUCUUCUCUCAGCGCUUGGACACAACGUUGCAUGCGCCAAGCGGACGUCGUACUUAUCGUGGGACUUGGUGAUCAUGCGCCAAUCGUUGGUAAAUUUGAACGAGAAAUCGAUCGUUUGGCAAUGCGCACACAAAAGGAGCUCGUACUGCUUUAUCACGAGUCGAUUAAUGCGAAACCGAAAAAUACACUGCAAUGGCUGAAUGUCAGGCCCUGGGUCACCAAACAUCACCAUUUGCAGUGCCCUAAGCGCAUGUUCACGCGCAAAAGUCAAUAUCGCAUUAACGAUCUGUACAGCCGUGUAUUAAUGUCCGAGCCAAAUAUGCAUUCGGAUUGUUCGCGCCUGGCACGUUGGCUGACUGGUAACUCAAUCGGGUUAGUUUUAGGUGGCGGCGGUGCACGCGGUGCUGCACAUAUCGGUAUGUUAAAGGCUAUACAAGAAGCUGGUAUACCGGUAGAUAUGGUGGGAGGUGUUAGCAUUGGCGCGCUAAUGGGUGCACUCUGGUGUUCGGACCGUAAUGUAACAGCCGUUACACAGAAGGCUCGGGAAUGGUCAAAGAAAAUGACAAAAUGGUUCCUGCAAUUGCUCGAUCUCACUUAUCCAAUUACAUCGAUGUUCUCUGGACGUGAAUUCAACAAAACCAUUCGUGAUACCUUCGGUGAUGUGGCCAUUGAGGAUUUAUGGAUUCCGUAUUUUACACUAACGACUGAUAUUACCGCAAGCUGCCAUCGCAUACACACAAAUGGAUCUCUUUGGCGUUAUAUACGUUCAUCUAUGUCGCUCAGCGGCUAUAUGCCGCCAUUGUGCGAUCCAAAAGACGGGCAUCUCCUGCUGGAUGGCGGAUAUGUUAACAAUUUGCCAGGUAAAUAGUGAAAAAAAACAACAACUACAAAAAUUGGGUGUGUGUGUGUGUUUGUUUCUUGGCAUCAUAUUUAUUUUUUAUUUGCUCAAAAAGCGUAUUUUGGUAAGAUUCAUUUUUUUAAGAAAGAAAGAGAGAAAACAAAUGCAGAGUGGAAAUUUUCUUAUGCUGAAUUAUAGUGUAGUCAUCAAGCCACAUAUAUGUAUGUACAUAUGUGUGUACUACAUUACAUAUCUCUUUUCGACUCGAAUGAUAUUUGAGUAUGGUUGUUGUUAUUCUUGAUGCUUGUUUUUGUUAGUUUCAGGCGUAGCUAAAAUCUUGCGCUGUUUUGCGUAAAAUAAUGCGACUUUAGUUAUGUAUGUAGUUUUCUGAGCUGUUCAGUGUCUUUUGAUGGUAGAAUUAGAGUGAAGUUUGCUUCUGUCAUAUUUUAGUUUUUGGUUUUUAUUUGUGUGCAUGCUUUAGCUGUAAGACUUCACAGGAUUGUAAGUAAGUAUAAAGAAUAUUAAUAAAAAUGUAUUACUUCAGCAUAAUC